AUGCGCGAGCAGCGGCUGAGACACAACGCGAGUCCGAGUGACGAUACACCACCUCAGGAUGUGAUACCGCCCAACUCGACGAGGUCAAGACCUCCAAAUGGUCAGAAUGGCAUUGCUGCAAGGACGAUUCAACGACCAUCGCCAGCUCCUCAGUGGCCACUUCAAAGCCCCCCCGCAGCAUCACCUCCAGAUGCUGAUUCAUACCGCCCACCGCCUGACCGACCUCGAGCACCUCCUCAAAGACCACAGCGCCCGAGCUUAGUCCCAUCCAUGGUAGACCAAUCCCGCCAACACCAACCGACUCCCUCAUUCCGUGUCCCAGGAGGACCCGAGAGCCCAUCGGAGCCAGUUGACAGCCCCUCCUCAGAAACCUCAGCCCCCCCGAGGAGAAGUGCAAAUCUGGGGCCACCGCCUUCCAGCAGAAGAGGGCAAUCAUCUUUUUACUCCGCGGCGUCCUUUGUUUCUCCGAUUCCAGAAGAAGACUCAGCCUAUAAAUCCCACAACUCUUACGCCUCGAGCGCGGCCAUGCCAGAUGCUUGGAGAGUCGACUCUGCGGGUGCUAGCCCAACUUUCCACGGAGCAUUCUACGAAGAAUCCCUGACGGACAGGACUAGGAAUUCCGGAGCAGACGAUUAUAACGACGAAAGCGGCCUUGUUUCCGGCCGGGAAGAAUAUGCUAUGCAGACGCUCUCCAAUCCCAAGUCUGGUGGAAACAAGUUAGCUUCUGCCAAUCCGUUCAUUGGGGGAACCGGCCUUGUGGACGAAUCCACAGACUCUUCUACCAACACCUCCUUCACCAACAGACAAACCCCGGCAACCACCCCUGGCAUGGCAAGCCACAUUGCGGGUGUCGCUCUUAACAAAGGCAACAACACAAUGGACCCGGAUGCUUUACGCAGAGCUGCUGGAUCCCCACAGCCGACGAGCCGCCUUUCUGCAAUCCGACGCCCACCAAGGCUGGAUAUAGACGCGGUUCGAGAAGCUGAGUCAAGAGGAAGUCUUACUAGCUUGCCAGACCUGAUCCGACGUGCCACCCGGUUAGCCUCGAUGAUCGACAAGGGCAAACGCCCAUCAAGUCGCCUCGAUGAACUCGACUUCUUUAGCGAAAAAGCGGGUGGCGACAGAAUGAAGCGUUCGUAUGAUGAACGCUAUCAGUCGGGCUUUUCAGAUAUGCUGGCUGCCUUCCCCCCUCCUGUACAGACUCCUCAGCACACUGGCCGCGGCCCCAUGGGUUCUUGGCCUCUUGUGCCAGGAAACAACUUUGUGACGGGCCGUGAGAAAUUCUCGGUGACUCCUGAGGAUCAGGCGCCAGCCAAGCCAAAAGGUCGUCGGUGUUGCGGGUUGCCCUUGUGGGGAUUCAUUCUGAUCAUCCUGCUUAUGCUAUGCAUCAUUGCGGCCGCCGUCGUUGUUCCCCUGGAAUACUUUGUGUUCAAGAACCUGGGCAACCACGAAAAGUCGACGGGUGUCAACCUCGACACGUGCGCAAAGACUCUGCCGUGCCUGAAUGGCGGAAGCGGCGUUGUCGUCAACAACACAUGCUCGUGCAUCUGCACCAAUGGCUUCACCGGCGCCAACUGUGGCUCAAGUGGCUCCGCGGGCUGCACAACGACAAACUUGAUUCCCACGGAUGGCUCUUCUCAUAUUAACAAUGUCACCCUCGGCUUGGCCAUUCCACGCAUCAUCGCUGACUCUAACAAGAAUUUUUCUAUUCCUCUUGUGGGAACGAGCAUCUUGGCCAAGUUUAACACAGCAAACCUCUCUUGCAUCGCGCAAAACGCCCUUGUUACUUUUGACGGCCAGUCGACGAGAACAGGCCUGGCUACUGCUAUAGUUCAGAAUACUGACGACUCGACCAAAGGCAAGAAACAGGCUGGCGAUGAUUCUGCGCCAUCACCCGUGCUCACUUCCCGGCAGUUGGAAGCCGCUCAGGGCGAAGCACCCGUGUUGGCUCGAAGAGCCUCAGCAUCGAGCUCGUCCCCCUCUCCCCAGCAGACCAGCCUAUUCACAGUUACUCAAGAAGUUCUCGACUUUGCUCGUACAGCAGUACUGUACGUCCUGCAAGAAGACAGUGUCGACGCUGCCAACACCGCUCAGACUCAGCUCCAGCAAUUUUUCACAGAAGCCACUCAGUCCAUCACCAAGUUCGGCUCCCAAGUGACUGUGAAGGAGGCGUCUAGCAUCUCUAUCGGAGGAAAUAGGACUGUUAAUCUGGUCGACACCAAGGUUAACAUUGGCCAAGGUCCCGUGGGAGGCAAAACAACGUCUAAACGUAGCCUCUGGGACUUUUGA